GACGACGGAGCAGCCACGAGCGUCCCGGUGCAUAAUAUUUCCGUUCAGUUUCCGUUCGGAGUUGCCCGCGGUAACAUCUUGUGUGCGUGGUUCCUAGGUUUGGUUGGGAGGUAUUCUCAUAGAAUUACUGUUGGACGGAUUAAUCGCAAUUUCCCGCCGUCUGCAAAGGCAGGUACGACACCGCGACCUGGAGUAAGUGUUUGGACUAUCCGUUGUGAAGUUGAGAAGUGUCAGCCGGUGUCGACUCUAUCACUUUAAUCUCCCGUUUGUUUAACUCAUGUGGUGGGUUCAUACUGAAGUGGGAUAUUCCAGCACUAAUCAGUGAUGUCUUUUGUGUAGUGAUCUGAGUCAGUGAUCGUAGUGAUUAGCAACGGUCGUGACCGCGUGGGUAGAUUCUGCAGGUUUCAUUUAGACGCUCUCGUUUAUCGUUAGCGAGCAAAAGUUUUUAAUUGGGCGGAAGUCACAUUACUGGAGGCUGAAAUAACAAUAUUUGGGGAUGAUGUAUCGAUAAGCCGUCUAUCUGUCGGCGACCACCGGCCUAUUUACUGAACUGAACUGUAUCAACCGGUACCGUCUUAAUAUUAUGCGGUGUUUGCAUGAAAACUAUGCUGCUCAGAUGUAGACACUGCCCCAUGAUUGAGGUGGAUUUUGCAUAAUUUUACGUAAACUCUACAUCACUGAAUCAACUUGAGUCUCGAGGACGGUGGUAAGCAAAACAGACGGAGUGAUUUACGGACCUUGGCUGUAUUGUCGGAGGAAUAUCAUUAUUCUGGAGGUGCAGGCCUUGGAAACAUGACGUUUACAAAAAUCUCGCUAAUCGAAACCGAACAAUUACCAUGAACUGUGCAUUGAUUGACUAAAUUAUAUUUUAUUCGAACUUAUUGGCUGCGAGAGUACCUAACGUGGAAUUACCAGUUUAAAACAGUAUCGUGCGUUUGAGUACUGAGCUCUGGAUGGAAUACUAAUUAGCGAUCGAUUGGCUUUGCAUUACAAACAUAGAAAAAAUACCUACCAAUAUGUCAUCAGUCGGUUCGGAUGUAAUAAUCAAGCAUAAUGGGAACGGAACCUCUUCGGGUGUUCAAUCAACUGUAGCGACCUUGAGCGGGCCGCCUUUGGAGAGUGCCACUGUAGUCAGCAAGGAAUUAUUUAUCGCGACUAUUGAGGAUGGCAUUAGUGCUGCAAAAGGUGCCGGUGUACUACCGGAACAGGAAUCCGCUUAUCACUGUGGUUGGUGGAGCGUGCGGCCACGGUGGAUGCAGAGGUUUAUGACACCCAAAUGGGCGUUAUUUUGGCUUUGCUGGGCCGGAGCUGUGCAAGGACUGGUCGUCAAUGGUUUCAUCAACGUUGUCAUCACUACGAUCGAGCGGCGCUUCGGACUGAGAUCGACGCAGACCGGCCUUGUCGCGAGCGGAUACGAUAUCGCAUCCUUUCUGUGCCUGGUACCGGUGUCGUACUUUGGCGGUCGGCUUGGGGCGUCCAAACCGCGCUGGAUUGGCUGGGGCGUCGCUGUAAUGGGCCUGGGAGCGUUUGUGUUCGCCCUGCCGCACUUUCUAGUCGGACAGUAUCGGGCGACCAAUUCGGAGCAAAAUGUCUGCCUGGCAGCAGCCACCGCUGUCGAACUGCUUGCUAACGAUACCACAGCGAAGGCUGCCCGCCUUCUUGGGGAGACUUGCACACUGAACGCGGGUGAUCUGAUUGGAAAUGGAGGAGAGAACAGCGAGAAUCUCUCCUGGAAUGUGUGGUUUUUCUUCACUGCCCAACUGCUGCUGGGAGCCGGAGCCUCCCCGUUGUACACCCUCGGUGUAACGUACAUCGACGAGAACGUUUCGAAGAAAAUGUCAUCUGUUUAUUUAGGAAUCUAUUAUACAAUGGCCGUCGUAGGCCCAGCAGCAGGCUACGUAAUAGGAGGACAACUACUGCUUUUCUACACGGACAUGUUUGUGGUAGACUCAUCGAUAUUGGGUCUUACACCCCACAGUAAGGUUUGGGUCGGUGCCUGGUGGAUUGGAUUCGUUUUUAUGGCUGCUUUUUGUCUGCUGCUGGCAAUACCGAUACUGGCGUAUCCUCGAGCCCUGCCCGGUUCGGACAAGCUGGAGAAAGUUUCCGAGGCGCACAAAGGCGAUGCCGACCAGAACAAGCAAACGUUUACCAAGAUCCGAGAAAUCCCAAAAGCGCUGGUCGCACUGCUAAAGAAUCCAACGUUUUUCUUCCUUAACCUGGCGGGUGCCUCCGAGGGACUCGUUAUAUCCGGUUUUGCUGUAUUCCUGCCGAAGUUGAUUGAAAACCAGUUCAGUGUGACUGCCGUCUGGUCGGCAUUAUUGAUGGGUAUCAUCACAGUUCCGGCUGGCGGUGGCGGAACUUUCCUUGGAGGCUAUCUAGUCAAAAAGCUGAAUCUCAGCUGUUCGGGAAUCAUUCGCUUUUGUUUGUUCGCGACAAUAUUUGCUGCCCUAUUCACGAUCUGUUUCUUCCUGUCCUGUCCGAAUCUAACGUUCGCCGGUGUCACAGCACCUUAUUUUCCCCAGGAAAAUCUGUACACACCGGUGGCACGAUCGACUGAAUUAUUUGUGCUACCGAAAACACUGGACAACGCAUGCAACAGCAAAUGCUCGUGCAGCAAAAUGAACUACGAACCGAUUUGCGGUGCAGAUGGGGUUAUGUACUAUUCUCCCUGCCACGCGGGAUGCGCCGCUGAAGUGAACCUGGAAAACACGAAGGUCUAUAAGGAGUGUGCCUGUAUCAACGCUACGUUCGGGCCGAAUGAACCGUACAGGAGCUACGACGCGGUGAACACGAUGUGCGACUCGCAGUGCGACCACCUGUGGAUGUUCGUUGGUUUGUGUUUCCUGGUGAUGUUUUUCACCUUUUUGGCCACGAUGCCGGCUCUCUCGGCCACGCUGCGUUGCGUUCACGACGACCAGCGUUCAUUUGCACUCGGAAUACAGUGGAUCAAGGUGCGGGUGUUGGGCACGAUUCCGGCACCGAUGAUUUUCGGUCGGCUAAUCGACGAAACGUGCAUCCUGUGGCAAGAAUCAUGCGAUGGUCACGGUGCUUGUUUAGUGUAUGAUAACGCGUCUAUGAGCAAGUAUAUGCUGCUGCUGGCACUAGUUGGAAAAGCGUGCUCCGUUAUAUUUUUCUUCGGCGCUUGGUUCUACUAUAUUCCUCCGAAAGCAAUACACAAUGGUGGGGAUGACGAAGCACGUGGAAAGCAACAGGUUAACGGCGAGUCCAUACACGUGGAAAAAUACUGAAAAACGGUUAAUCGAAUUUCUCUGUUUAUUUAUCUGCUCAAAUUGCGACAUCGUUCGUGUAUGUAUGCGUGUCUAAUGUUCAUUAUCACUCAAACCCAGUACCAGUCAUUCCAGUUCAUUAGAUAAUAGGUAACCUAGCCGUAGCAGUUUUUUAAAAAUUUGUACGAAAUAAUAUUAAGCGCCAAAAUAACUUCACAUUCUAGAAAAUGUGUGAUAAACUCUCAGAUAACGUAGAUUUGAUAUACGACAAAGUAGAUGAUUUUGUUACUCAGCUUUCAAUUGAAGGAAUUUGUUAGCUUGACCCGAAUCAUGUAGACUGAAAACCUUAGUUUAUUACAUUAAUCUAUGAUUAAUUGUGUGUUUAUAUUGUAUAAAGCUUGGCUGCAUAAUAUCUUCAAGGUUCUGUUGAACAAUGAACGAACAUAAAGUAUGCUAAAACAAAUAAAAUUGAUUUUUGGUUCCAAAUAUUACGACUGAAUCUCUAGCAACAACGUCUCAGAACUCAUAGAGAAUUGUUACCGAAAACGUGGAGGCACUGUAUAUUUAGUAAUUUCGUUGGCAUUCGUAAUCGCAAUUAUAGCAAAUAUUUGUUUAUGAUAUCUGAAUCAAUUUUCUUCGAAUUUUGCUUUCUAGGAUAGAGAAAGGAAAACAUAAUCCUUAUAAUUACAAAGUGUGCAUUUUACUUUAUGAUUAACAUAAACAUUUUGUAACAAUUUUUCAACAAAGUGUAAGUAUUUUUUCUCAUGUACGAAUAGACAGUGAAUUAAAAAAAGAUCUGAUUUGUUUCCUCGCCGAAAAAUCCCAUCUCCCUGAAAGUUAAAAAUGACUUGACCCAAAAAUACGGAACGGUAUAUGUAGGAUCGCACGCCAAUCUGAAUCGAAGUUUUGAUAGUAUUACGCUAACUUACGAGUUCUGAAUACUUAGUUUUAGUCUAUGUUGAACCGCUUACUAUGUUAUAUCUAACUACGUAGUUUUGUAUAUCAUAAGAUCUAUGCAAUAUGCUUCAUAUUAGUUGUGGAAGGAGAUGGGGAAGUGCACAAUUCAACUUUUCAUUCAGUAAUCCAGAUUGUGGAGCGUUAGUCAACUACCUUCUAUUUAGAUGAUACACAGGAGUCUGAUAAUAAAUAAUUACUAACAUUGUGUCAGGUGGGGUUCGAAUCUUUAAACGCUUCAUAUGUAUAUUAUAACAUUUUUUGUGCUGCAAUACUGAUUAAUGAAUGUAGAUUUAGUUAAGAAAGACACCCAAUAAAGUAUUUGUCGGUAGUAGA